AUCCACCGCUCGUCGCGUUGGUGGCUCGUCCGAAACACCGGCAAGCUCCUCACCGCCGGCUGGCGUCGCGUCGAGUUCGCCGACUUCUGGCUCGGGGACCAGUUCUGCUCGCUCACCUUCACGCUCGGAAACCUCUACUUCCUCGCCUGCGUCUACACCACCGCCGGCGGGCUCGACGACAGCUGGCGCCGGUGCACGUCGGGCCCGGGCCCGGGCUGGGGCGCCGCGUUCGCGCUCGCUGCGCUGCCGCUCGUCGUGCGCCUCGUGCAGAGCGUGAAGCGGUACGCGGACUCGGGCCUCGACACGCACUUGAUUAACGCGGGCAAGUACGGCGCCGGGGUUGCCGCGUCGCUGUUCUAUUACCUGUGGCGGGCGCACGGUGGUUUGCAUGGGCCGUACUUCGUUGCGUGGUGUGUGUUCGCUACCGUCAACUCCCUGUACGCGGGCGCGUGGGAUCUGCUCAUGGACUGGUCGCUCCUCCGCCCGCGCGCCCGCUACUUCCUUCUCCGGCCCGAUCUUCUCUACACCAACAACAUCUCCUUCUACUACUUCGCGAUCGUCACGAACUCGCUCCUGCGGUUCAUGUGGGUGAUGUACAUCCCCGAACAGGGCCCCAACUCCAUCAUCCGCAGCUUCGUCGCCGGCUUCCUCGAGGUCCUCCGCCGCUGGCAGUGGAACUUCUUGCGUCUGGAGAACGAGCACCUCGGGAACAUCGACCAGUACCGGGUGACGCGCGAGGUGCCGCUGCCGUACACGUACGAGGACCACUCGCACGAGUCGGACGGGGACGAGGACGACGCGGGGUCCCAGCGGAGCCGGGUCGGGUGGAAGAUGAAGCGGCGGGCGCAGUCGGCGCGGGGCGAGACCGAGGUGGAGGCGGCCGCCGCCGGGCGCGAUUGA